CAAGGAAGGAUACUAAUUAUUAGUCCUGCAAAUCACGUACUUAUUUUAAUGCAACUAAUAGUUGAGUAUUCGGUGUGGACAUAAAGAUAAAACCUAACACGAAAUCAGCUACACGUGGGGGAGAAGGUGGAGGAGGGGAUUAGAGAUGUGACGUCAGGAUGCUUACGUGCAGCCCUAACAACACAGACACAUUCCCUGUGAAUGAGAGUUCAUCUCGGUACAGGACGCGCACCGUGUGUCUCUGCAUCUCUCCCUUCGUCAAAGGCGACUCACAAUGUCACUGACUGGUUCCCAAUCAACAGAGGACGAAAUCCAGGCAUCAUGGGUGGAACUGGAUGGAUUCACUACCACGGUGGCCAGUCGCAGAGACAGUGUCAUUGGCCCACAGGGCACCACUUCAUCUCUCCUGCAGGGGGAGCUAGAGAGGAUCCUCCUUGAGGCACAGUUGGAGUGUGAGAGAAGCACCCAGGCAGACGGGUCAGAAAAUAGCACUUCUCAGGCGUCUCCCCAGAAGACAAUCACCCCACAGGUAGCCAGCGAGGAAAAUUCUGUCACGGAAUGCAUAUUACAGCCGGAAGACUGGCACCAGUGCAGACGAUGCAGCAGCGCAGAGUGGGUGUGGCAGUGGUCCAGUCGACCUGAAAAUCAGCCCCCCAAAAAAUUGAUGUUUCAGCAGCCAAAGCGGUCAGGUUCUCUCGGUGGGGGGAAGAGCGGGGUGAUGAAGUGGGGAUUCUUCUCCUCUGAAGUCUUCCUCCUGUUCAUACCAUCCCUGGUGACCUCACACCUGCUCACACUGGCAGUGGGGAUUUAUCUGGGAAAGCGGCUGGCAACCUCUUCUACGAGCCCGCUGUGAAGUGGACCCCAAUUCUACCAUGAAAUCCCCACUGUAGGGUCACACUUAUCUUCAUUGAUGAUGAUGUCCCACCCUUGAUGCUGCCAGGUGCAUUAGCGAACCAAUCAGUCAUUGUAUAACUCUUGCUCUUUGUCUUUUGCUCACUUUGUUAGCAAUUAGCAGACCCUUCUGCUUUGGGGUACAGCAGAAGACAACCAUGAGAAUCAGUGGCAGGAGAGUAACAAGUCAGAGAGUGAUUAGGUGGACUGUGUUAUGACAGGGGGGGAUCAUGGGAAUUGGAGGGGAUUCCUUGUACCAAACUGUUCGAUCCAACAUGUACCUCUGUGUUUCUAGUCAACAUUGUGACACGUUCUUCAUUGUAGACUUCCUCUUAUGUGACUGCAUCCCCGGCUCACAUAAAUAAGCCAGUCCUCAUACUUCAGCAGACCCACGUUACAGCAGAGGGAGGCUACUCAAUACAAUACCUCACCCCCCAAAACAGCUACCUGUGACACCCAUGUCGACAAUUACAAUUAUGCAAAAUAAAUUUAGAAAAACAAAAAUAUAACAACCAUAAUGAACUAAACUAAAUCUUCUCUACUACCGAGUAUAUCAGCAUAUCUGUAGCUAUAACCUAGUUAUUUUUCAGUCUGAAUUUCCUGCCAAAAUCACCUUAAAUGCCACGGGAUGAUUAACUUGCAGAGGUUGUUUCUGCUUCGCUCUGGUUGUACGGAGGCUCAGAUGAUUUCUCAAAUGAGUUAGUAUGUUUGCUUCUGUUUUUGGGGCCUGUACCACGAAGCAAGAUUUCUUGCUCAGCCAGAUAACGUGUCCGAAACAAAAUUAAGUCCAUUUAAAUUAAGGUACCUUAAAUCUAACAAGUUAUCCAGCUAAGCAAAAAAAAAACUGGCUUCGUGAUACAGGCUCUGGUCUUACCAACCACUCUCUCUCCAGUGCUGGUGUACUAUUUUGGGAAACCAAAGUGUUCUCAAACCAGCAAUUAUAAUGGAACGUACAAGCAUUAGCUGUAAUCAACUCGCAGCCACAAUUAGCAUAAUAUUUUCUGUGUUGAACAUCUACAUCUGUGAAUUUAGAUUUCACACGUGUCGAUAAAUGUAUUAAUUCAUUUCAUUGUGCAAACCGAACCAAAAAUAUAUGGAAAAUAUACGGAACGGUACACAACGCAUACAUGUGCUAUUAUAGACCAAGAGGAAAAUUUAUGUCUUCUGUCACAUCGGCAUUGUAAUAGGAUUCCAGUGGAAAAAAUCACAGACACGACCUUUUCCGGUCUCACUGAAAUGUGUGCAAUGUAUAUGAAAGCAAUUCCACAAUCUAUAGGGUAGAAAGGGUUGGCAACCUUGAAAUAGGUAUAAGCAUAUGGACUGACAGAAAGAUUCCCUGCUCAAUUUACAGGUCCAGCAUGAAUGUUCAUAUCACAGGUACCUCAUUAUGAAAUUUGCACCCUUGACUGGGUGGAAAGGGAAAAUUUCCAGAAGACCAAAGGAAUGGUUUCCCUUAACUCCAAAGGUCCCAUAACUGCUCUCUAGUGCCUGAAUAGUGUAUGUGUAAUAGUGUAUUUCAGCGAGUUCAGUGAAGACUUUCAUCUCCAGCACAAUGUGCCACAGACCCAAGGCUAACUGAUCAAUGACAGUCACCCCAUUCUCAGCACAUGGCUAAUGAGCCAAGGCAGCCGGACACGACUUAGCCAGCCAAGUCAGCCCUUCUCAAUUCUGCUUUAUUACUAACUCUCUAGACGCAGAGGUAAUCUUAAAGUAUCCCCAGGCUUCGGAUAAUCAAAAAGGCAUCAACACCUUCAUGUGCAAGUAUUUCUGAUAUAUAGCGAGUUCUGCAUGUUGAUUAGUAGUACUAGUACCCCCCCCCCCCAUUGUUUCAGUGUGACUCACCAUCACUCCAGUCCCAAAUCAUGUGAAUAACCUUCUGUCUCCCUGGCCUUUGUCUCAGUCCCAGACCCGUGUUUCUUUGCGAGUUGUGUCUCCCCAACCCACCGCAAAUCAUUCCCUGUCCUGUCGUGGAAAAGCAAACUAAAUAAAUCUCUCACAAAAUCCCA